CAGACGUGCUUGCAAGCGGUCCAGCAGGCAAACAUCUUAAUGCCAGCAUGGGACAAGCAGAGGCCAAAUCCGAUCCCCCUCUGGGCACAGGAAAACGGCUCCAGCAAGGGGUAAAAGAUCAUGCUCAAGGUAGAAAGAGUGGAGCGCUGCAGCUGGUUCUGGUUGGUCCAAAGGGCUCAGGGAAGAGUUCGGCCGGAAACAGCAUCCUGGGCAGGGUGGCAUUUAAAACAGGAACCGAAACAGUUUCUUGCCAAACUGAGAGCUGCAAGAUAGGGGUCCGUGACGUGACUCUAGUGGACACACCUGGCCUGACUGGCGAAGAAACCUUGGACCUGGAGGUGAUGAAGUCCAUCAAGAAAGCAUGUCAAGAUUUCCUAGAACUGCCAGUCGUAUUCCUGUUGGUGGUACCUCUGGAAUGGAGCACAAAAAAGUUCCAGCAUGGUCAGCAGAUGCUCAGACACGCACUUGGCAAAAUUUCAUUUGACCAUUUGAUGGUCCUCAUCACCCACACAGAUCAGGACAAGUGGGACGGUUACAAGGAGGACAGGGUCCUACGGAAGGAAGGACUUCUGCAGUUGACCGUAGGUCAAUGUGGCGGAUGGUUCCACCUGUUUAACACUGUAGAGUCUGACCAUAACCAAGUCUCAAAGUUGCUAGAGAAGGUGGACAGGAUGAUUCUGGAAGGCAAAAAGCUUCAAGUGCUUGAUGCCAGUUUGGAAGAACAGCCCAGAAAGAUGGAGAUGGCAGCGAAGUCGGAUACAGACCAAAGGACACAGGAGGAAGGCUUGGACUACAGAGCAGAAAUCUCGCAUCAGAAAAAGAGAGUGCAAAAAGGGGUUGAAUUAGUGAAAAAUAGUGAGAAAAUUGUAGCAGAGAACAAAGAACUGCUCAGGAAGCUGAGGGAUGAAAUAGAUGCUUUGGAAGAAGAACUUAACUCGAAUGUCGCAGUGGACAAGAAGCAAGCUCUGGCGGAGAGAAUCCAGCAAAAAGCAGUGGACAUACAGUCCAAGGAGGAAAAAAUCCGGCUUCACAUAGGAAUACUGCAGACUUUACAGCAGCAGAUGCAGGAAAAACAGAAGCACAUCAGUGAAAUGGAGAAGGAGAUGAGAGAGAGGGAGAAGGAGCAUGCAAGAACGAAAACUCACCUUCCAAGAGCAAUGGAUGGAACCAGAGAGACAGGAUCCGAAUCUUGUAUGCCCAAAAAUGACUAUGAUGAAAGAAUGGGGACAGAGGGAGUGAUGGACAUGACAGCGGGAGGCAUGUGCUCAGUCAGAAAGAACUUAGAAAUACUGGAGAACCAAAUAAGGAGCAAGACAGAGGAGGAAGAAGAACUGGCAAGAGAAAGAAAUUCAGAAUACAAAGCACAGCUACAGAAAAUCAGAGGGAAAAGGGGAACACACUGAAGGCAUAAGGAAUUAUUUAAGUUCCAUGUCGGCUGACCAAGGUUACUCUGCUCCAUAGACCUGUGAUGUCCUGUCUUUAUUUUGUAGUGUGUUCCAUGUCCCAAAUAAGGAACCCCAGGCAUUGGCUGGUUUUCCCUAUGGGCACAAUUUUUGCUGUCAAUCUGUGAUAAACAACAUUUCAAUGUUUUUUUGCCCUGCAUACAUGGAUCACCCUGAUAUUACUGGAUCUUUAGAGCUAUGAGAUGUUUAACAGUCAAAAUACAUUUCUUCCAUAAUCAAAAAUGGCUUAGACCCAGAGUUCUUUAUUUUGGCAUGAUGCACAAUUUAAGUAGGUUAUUUUUGCACCAUCUCCUGUGAUUAUGUAAAAUAAUCCUGCUGCAUAGUACAGUAGGAAGUGUGCAACUUAAACACUUUGUCAGUUAUCGAAUGGAAAUUUUUAUUUAGUUGAUACUAUUCCUUCAAGAAUACGUUAUUUCAAAUUUAUUCUUUUGUUCAGAUGUUUAAGAAAUCCUCUGUAACUGAUACA